UGGACGAAUGCUGCACAGCUAUGGAGAAUGAACCCAACACAACAUCAUGUUCUGCAUCCACAACAACCGUCACCACCUCCUCCACUUCCCGCACACCGCUCCCGCAGAUCUCCGUCUACAGCGGCUCUGACAGACAUGCUGUCCAGGUUAUUCAACAGGCCUUGCAUCGUCCUCCUAGCUCAGCUGCUCAGUACCUCCAGCAGAUGUAUGCAGCCCAACAGCAGCAUCUAAUGCUGCAGACUGCUGCUCUGCAGCAGCAGCACUUAAGCAGUACCCARUUUCAGAGUCUGGCAACUGUUCCACAGGCAAGCCUGUCAGGUGGGAGGCAAUGUACUUCCCCCACUGGGAGUGUCACUCAGCAGUCAAGCAUGUCGCAGACCUCGAUUAACCUCUCCACCUCUCCUACACCUGCACAGAUAAUAAGCCGUUCUCAGACCUCCAACACCACCAGCAGCAGCAUUACCCAACAGACGAUGUUGCUGGGCAGCACCUCUCCCACCCUGAGUGCAAGCCAGGCUCAAAUGUAUCUACGAGCUCAGAUGCUUAUUUUUACUCCUGCGACCACUGUGGCUGCUGUCCAGUCUGACAUUCCUGUUGUCUCCUCAUCUUCCUCCUCUUCCUGUCAGUCUGCAGCUACUCAGGUUCAGAACUUGACGUUGCGCAGUCAGAAGCUGGGUGUGUUGUCAAGUUCACAGAAUGGCCCACCAAAGAGCAGCAGUCAAACUCAGUCCUUGUCCCUGUGUCCCAGUAAAGCUGUCAGCAGUUCCAAGGGCAGCCAACCAGACCCCUCAGAAAGCAAUAGGAAAGGCGAGAGCCCAGCUCCGGAGUGUCGGAGUACGCCGGUCACUCGGACAUCCAGCAUACACCACUUAAUAACACCAGCUUCAUAUUCUCCACUGCAACCUCAUUCUCUAGUAAAACAUCAGCAGAUCCCACUUCAUUCGCCACCUCCAAAGAUUUCCCAUCAUCAGCUGAUCCUGCAGCAGCAGCAGCAAGUCCAGCCGAUUGCACUUCAGACWCCUCCGGGCCAGGAGCCGCCUCCAUCGCAUCACUGUCUGCCUCUCCCCAGCCAUGCGCUUCCCCCUGCUCCCAGCAGCGUCCCGUCCCACUGCUCCCCUAUCCACAUCCAUCCUCCGCCUCUCACGCUCUCUCCCACCCCAUCCCAGUCAGCUCAGCAGUCAGUGGUGGUAUCCCCUCCGCCGUCGCACUCCCCGAGUCAGUCACCCACCAUAAUUAUUCACCCCCAAGCCCUCAUCCAGUCCCAGGCCAGCUCCCUGGUGCCGGCGGCUCUGCAGCCCGAGCCGGCCGCUGCUCAGGCGGCUGCCGCCAACCCCGUGCGGCCAUCGCARCCGCUCAGCCUCCCGCCGCACCUGCCGCUCCCACCCUCCCCUGCCGUGCACAUCGGGGCCGUGGAGCCGCCCAGCUUGGUUUCCCCGGGCCAGCAGCUCGUGUCCUCCACGCCACACCAGCAGUAUCCAGCCCUGCAAUCUGCUCCCAUCCCUCUGGCAGCUGCGCCGCAGCUCUCGGCAUCCUCAGCGCAGAUUCAACCGCUGCCUCUGCAGUCUGUGCAGUCUUUACAAGUGCAGCCUGAAAUUCUGUCCCAGGGGCAGGUUUUGGUUCAGAAUACUUUGGUUUCUGAGGAAGAGCUUCCUGCUGCAGAAGCUUUGGUCCAGCUGCCAUUUCAAGCUCUUCCACCGCCACAGACUGUUGCCGUAAAUCUGCAGGUGCAGCCAUCGGUUCCGAUUGAAACUCCAGUGAUUUACCAAGUGGAGAAUGUGUGUGAAGAAGAGAUGCCGGAGGAUUCAGAUUGUGUCCAUAUGGCAAGAACACCUACACCACCCACCUUGUCUCCACCAGCCAUAACCUUGGGGAAUGGAGAGGCUCUUAAUUCAGAAGAUCCUUUGUCAGAACAUGGGGGACUGCCUUCAGUGACAUCAUCAGUCAGUGCCUCAGUAAUUAAAUCUCCAUCUGAUCCUUCACAUGCCUCUAUUCCACCACCACCUCUUUUGCUUCCAGCAGCAACGACAAGGAGCAACAGCACAUCCAUGCCCAAUAGCAUUCCCAGCCUAGAAAAUAAACCUCCACAGGCUAUUGUUAAACCCCAGAUCCUGACCCAUGUCAUCGAAGGCUUUGUGAUUCAGGAGGGGUUGGAACCGUUCCCUGUCAGUCGUUCAUCUUUGCUGGUGGAACAGCCUGCAGAGAAGAGUUUGCUGGUGGAGGGUCAGAUCAUGAGUGUGGUGUGCGUUGAAUCAGACUUGCAGAACACAAAGCAUGCAGAGAAUUCAUCGGACACAGAGAUAGAGGAUAUGAUUGCAGAAGAGGGACUGGAUGAAAUUGAAAAUGAUCUUCUGAAGUGUGAGUUUUGYGGAAAAAUGGGAUAUCCCAAUAAGUUUCUACGGUCAAAAAGAUUCUGCUCCACAUCCUGUGCCAAAAGGCACAGCCUUAGUUGCACUAAGAAAUUUGGGCUGUUYCCAUCAGACAAGACCAGUCGUUGGAAUCGGAAGUCAGAUAGCCAAAGUCUUGGGCGACGCGGGCGUCGGCCGAGCGGCCCUGAGGGGGCGUCACGAGAUCAUUUUCUUAGACAGCUUCCAAUUACUUAUCCAUCUGCAGAAGAAGAUCUGGCUCCUCAUGAAGAUGCUGUUCCAGCGGCCAUGACCACGCGCCUGCGGAGACAGAGUGAGAGGGAGAGGGAGCGAGAGCUUCGGGAGCUGAGGAUCCGGAAAAUGCCCGAGAGCAUUGACCUCUUACCAGUGGUGCAAACUGACCCCUCAGUAUGGACUGUCGAUGAAGUUUGGGCCUUUAUACAUUCUCUGCCUGCACAAAUCCCAUGUUGAUAGAACUAGUCCCACUYCUGCUGUUGCAUCCCAGCUGAUGGAGAUUAGAGCUGUUCCUUCCUUCAGUCUGACUUCUCUCAAGAGGUCAGUAGAGAGAUCAGACACAAUUCCUCCCUGUUACACUGCUUUCUUCUCCUCCUUCCUCACUUACUCAUUCUUCUCCCUCCUCCCUUGCUGCUUACUCAGUAUGAAAAGCAAGAGCAGUGUUACUUCCCUGGUACAACUGAAAAGUUUGAAAGAUGUGUCCUGAUACAAGUAAUGAAAAAAGAAUAAGCAAAUUUCUGCUAUAAACUUUUUGCUUAGCUUUACUCAGAGCCCUUCUGUAGAAAUUCUGCAUACUGGUAUGCAGUUUGUUCUUAGAAAAAAUAAUUAGGUUUCUCCUUGUUCACAAACCUUUUCUUUAGCUUGAUAUUCAUAGCUACCUUUGUGUCAUCUUCAGGUUAUUUGACAUUUAUUYUUUCCUAAUCAUCAUAACCUUUAAAGCUUCACUCCCCACCUUUUCCCAAGGAUGCCAUUUUAUCUGAUCAGACACUCUGGUCCCUGCAGACAAGGCAGAUCUCCACCAUAGCAGCCAUACCAGAAUUUUUUUGCUUAACUAUUWAAACCCAGGCUAAUUUUGUUCCUAAUUUUCUACUUUUUCUGGAGUGCUAUACCAUUUUUCUGUGAAUCCCAUUAGGCUAGUAGCCUGUAAGGAAUGUAUCUUCAUUGCUAAGUCGUACACAUGCAUUAUGACAUGUAGUCUUUUGUAAUAGGUCAAGCCAAGAAUUGAGUAAGAGAUCUCUAAAAUCGGCAGAAAUCAUCCUUGAAGUACCCUUCUUCUGGUAGCUCAUUGCAAUUAAGUAUACUGUCUGCUUCUGGGAACCUUCAGUGAUGUCUGUAAAAACAAGUAAAGCUCCUUAGGUUUAGGACAUGGUCAUUCCUCUUUCUGUACUUGAGCUGUGUUAUGGAGUGUAGUUACAKUGAUGCUGUUUUCAGUUACUUAUUUACAGAUUUGAAGCUCAAUUUAAUUGAUGCCAGCCUCUCAAUAAAUGGUWGUUCCUGUGCUAGAAUAAUUGAAGUGCCACAUAAACACAAUUCACUUGCUAGUAUGUAACCAAAAAUGUUAUUCUUAAAAUGUGGUUUUGCUUUGAAACCAUUACUUUUACAUUGUUUCACCAGCUGCUGAAUCUGGUUUAGUUUUUUGUAUUCUAUAAACAAGGUGAUCUUUGAUUUUAAACAAACAUUAUUUUUAUCUUGUUUUAAUGAAAAUUUAUUGUAAUUACUCAUUCCUAUCCAUAUGAGUACCAACUACUUUUAAAAGAAAGUUCAGUAGAUAAUUUAAAACUAUAUUCAUAAACURCYAGAAUUUUUAUUGCURCAUCGCUGCAUUUGGGGAUUUAUUCUUUUCAGUAUCUCAAGUCACUCUCCCGAAAAAGUAUUCUAUCAUAUACUGCCAAGAUGAAUUAAUGCAGAAAAUAAUAUAGUUGAUUUUGAUUAUGGCAUUUCAUAUUAUAUAUCUACUUGGUGCAGUGUGUGCAGACCAUAUGCCAUGUUGUAGGAGAUGGUAAUUUGUCACCUUUCCAUAAACAUUAGGGACAUCUGUUUUCAUUUACUGCUUUCUGUGUAGUCUGUAGCUGAAAUGGAUUGAUGUGUCCUUGUCAGGCUUUUCCUGAGUUCCUCUGGAUCUUUUUGGAGAAGUCAGUGUCCAGGACACUUGCACUGUUAGGUGUUUCUUCUGGAGGAAGACACAGAACAGCUUAAGCUGAGCCAAAUUGUUCUCCUUUCUUUUUUCUAUUGCAAGAUGCAUGACCUUUCACCCACUCCCCAUCCUUUUUUUUUUUUUUUUUUUCAAGUUAUUGCACAACAAGCAAUUGCAAAAGUGCUUAAGAAUAUACCCAGAUGUGCUUGGAUGAGGGAACUGAAAUAC